AUAGCCCGCAGCAGCAACACUGGCUAAAGUUGCAUUCUCAAGACCACUAAACACAGAUCAGUGCUACACCCUUCAGCCACCCUGCCGUGACUUGUGCACAGUGUACGCUGCGGGGCAGAACUUAAUUUCAGCCAGGGCUCCCACCGCAGCUUGGCAACCCACCCCAUUAAGGAAUUUUCCCAUCUCUUAGCGCUCCCCUGUUGGCAAAUUGGUCAUUGAAAACCCAAGCAGAAGUCCGUGGAAGCGCAAAAGCUGCCCCAAGGAUGAGGAGGAAAAUGGCAGCAAAGCGGAACAUGGCCCAAUAUCUCCAGUGUCAGGCACCAUUGGAGCAACGAGUGCAGCAAUCAGUGAAAACGGAAAAGGAGCCAGACCCAACUGGCUCCGACUCACUGGGAAUAUCAGAGGGUUCUGUAAAAACCUAUCGAAUUGUGCAGGUGGGAACUGCUGGAGGAGGCCUAAGGUUGGUGACACCUCAGCAAACUAGGAGUGAACGUCUGGAGGCUCCCCAGCGCUGGGAGAUCCAGGGACAGGAGUUACCAACCCCAGAGCUCACACCCGUCCAGUCCCCGGCAUGGAGAAAUCUGCAAGUGCCAGAACUCACGCUGACAGAAGAUGUGGAGACCUACUUGGCUACCUUUGAGGAUGUGGCUGAAGCCUGCAAAUGGCCAAAGGAGCAGUGGGUGACCCGGUUGGUGCCAGCUCUCAACGGAGCUGCACUGCAGGCUUACAAUAGCUUGGAUCCUAGAGAGAGUGGGGAUUAUGGGAAAGUGAAAGCCGCCAUCUUGCGGGAAGAUGCUGUCAGCCUGGAGAGGCAGCGCCAGAGCUUCAGGCACUUUCGCUACCAAGAGGCCGAGGGACCCCGAGAUGUCUGUGCUCGGCUGCGUGGGCUCUGCCAUCGCUGGCUGGAGCCCGAGAGCCGUAGCAAGGAGCAGAUCGUGGAGCUGCUAAUCCUGGAACAGUUUCUGACCAUUCUGCCAGAGGACAUGCAGGACUGGGUCCAGGAGUAUCGCCCAAAAACCUGCAUCCAGGCAGUGACCCUGGCAGAGCAUUUCCUGCUAAAGCAGCAAGAGGGUGAAAGAUGGGAUCAACAGGUGCUGGGGCCAUAUGUGCUUGAGGAGGCCGUGAGUUUCCCAGAAAAUGAACAAGUACCAUUGGAUACCAGGCAGAUGAUGCUCUGCAGAGAGGCUAAGGAAGAAGUCAAUGAGAACUCCACCUCCCUUGCAGGUGAGGAGAUCCAGGCCAAAAACGAGGAAGAGUUUCUAGUACAGGAAAAUACGAAGAGGCAGAGAAGCCGGCUUCUGCCCGACUUGCAGCCAACCCAGUUUUCCCGCCAGAAUGCCGACAGGCAGCCAGUGGUUAACAAGCAGGCCAUUCACAAGCAAGAUGCUCUCUUCCCCUGCCCCGAGUGUGGAAAGAACUUCUCUCGUAAAUCCACCCUCACCAGACACCGGAGGGUGCACACGGGCGUCAAGCCCCACCAGUGUACUGAAUGCGGGAAACGGUUCUUGCACAAGUUCAACCUGGUGAACCAUAUGAGAACCCAUGUGCGGGAGGAGUCGAGCCGUUGCGGGUUGUGUGGGAAAAAUGCAAAGCGGAAUUCGGGCCUAGGGGGCCAAGAGAGGAAGGCUGGGUGUUGCGAAUGCACGGGAAGCUUUGAGUUGCAGUAUGACACAGAGCAGAGAAUGCCCGAGACAGGAGAGUCUUUCAGCUGAUUCGGAUGAAGUGGGGACAAAAAAUGUAGCUGACUUGAUUGUAGGCAGAAAUUUUUAGGAAAUCCCCUAACUGUAGGGAAUUGGUGUUUGCCCUGGAACUUUCUACAAGCCAGAACACACUUCCCUAACCAUGAUCGGAGCAAAGAACACCUUCAACUGCUCAAUUUGGUUACGUGUUUAUUUUUUUUUUCUUCCCCUUUGCUUGUUUGUUAAUUUGCAAAAGCAUAGAGCAAGGAAAAGAGGGGAGGGAUGGUCUAAUACAUUUACAAUAUGAGAUAGGUCCUUAUAAGAGAGCACAAAGAUAGGCAAAGAGCUUUGAUGUGUCCAUCACACAGGACCUGUAACCAAAAUUAAUAGGAAUUCCCCUUCGGAAAAAUACCAGCAUGUGAUUGAAUGGCAUCUGCUCAUAUGCCUUUCUCAACUGACCUGAGUAGGUUGGGCUAUAAUUUAUGGAUAACUGAUUUCAUUCUGGAAUAACAGAAUACCUGCUUUUGAGGAAAGCGGGUCUUACCAGGAGCGACACAGUCCAAGGCACAUUCAGACAAAGAAAAGGUCCUCCAACUCCCAGCAUUCUCCAGCCAGCUGUGCUUGUACAACUUGUCUGCCUAAACAUGCAUAGGAUUGCACUCUUGUAGGAUAAUUGGAGUAAUGCUGUUUAUUUCUGCCUUUCCCAACCUGGUGCCUUCCUGAUGCAUUUUACAUCUGGAUGUGUUUCUAUUACAAGCUCGGUAUGUCUUCAGUGGAUGUUCCUGGAACAGUAUGUGAAUGGAUGUGAUCCCAUCAUAUUUUGCAAAUCACUAUAGUCAGAAUUUUGCUGGUUUGAGGCCAACUCCCCAGUAACGUGUGAUGGAUGCUCACCUCACAGGCCUUCGAUCGAGUGCCUCCAUAGUGCCCUUUAGCAUGACAGAUUUGAUACUGUAAUAUGGAUGAGAAUUGUCACAUGGACUGUCAACUUUCCUUUGCAUUUUGUUUUGAACAGUGGCUCGAUAAGAAGAAUUUACAAGGAUAUUUCUUGUCCACGUGAAUGUUUCCAUUAUAAUUAUUUGUUUCAGGAACCCUCCCACCUCUACUCUUAGAGGUGUGGGUUCCCCCCUCCCCAUCCAUGAAUUUGCCUUUCCCUUAACCCACCUGCCUUUAAAAAAAAAAAUAAACUAUUGCAAGAGUCUAGGUAAAAUCCAAAGAACUGUCUUGCUCUAGCUUACUUUAUAUGCCCAAGGGAACUUUGGGCUUGUGUUUGUUGAAUGGCAGCUUUCUGUACCACAAGGCACAUGGCUUUUGAAAUAGUGAUGACUUUUAAAGAGCAGUUUGUGAUAAGAAAUGGGAGGCAUACUAUUCAAAACUGGGUGGAGAGAGUUUUUUAAAAAUCCCACUGGGUAGUAUUUUGGAUCUCUGUACAUGCCUGUCAAACACAUUUCAAGGCUAACACUACUCAUUUUUAACCCCUGUAUAACACUGUUGAUAUACCAAAAUUGCAUGUUUGGGAUUUUGCAACAGUUAUAACUGCAAAUGUAAAUGUUAGAUUUUUUUUUAAAGAAAACAGUAAUUGUUUUUGUAAAAAAUUUUUAUUAAAGCUUUAUUUUUUUGUAGUUUGCACAUUAAAAAAGUUUAAUGUUGUAAUAAGAAUUCAAAUUCCUCCUGUUCCAACUU